AUGUCUGAAAAAGGUGCAAAGAGUAACUUCUUUAUUGAUUUCAUGAUGGGUGGUGUUUCCGCCGCCAUCUCCAAAACCGCUGCUGCUCCAAUCGAAAGAGUCAAAUUGUUGCUUCAGAACCAAGACGAGAUGUUGAAACAAGGUAGAUUGGCUAAACCAUACUCUGGUAUUGGUGAAUGUUUCAGAAGAACUGCUAGUGAAGAAGGUAUUGCUUCCUUUUGGAGAGGUAACACUGCUAAUGUGAUCAGAUACUUCCCAACCCAAGCUUUGAACUUUGCUUUCAAAGAUAAGUUCAAGGCUAUGUUUGGUUUCAAAAAGGAAGACAGUUACUGGAAAUGGUUUGGUGGUAACUUGGCUUCCGGUGGUAUGGCCGGUGCCACUUCCUUGGCUUUUGUCUACUCUUUGGACUAUGCCAGAACCAGAUUGGCCAAUGACGCCAAAUCUGCCAAGGGUGACGGUAAAGGUAGAGAAUUCAACGGUUUGAUCGAUGUUUACAAAAAGACUUUGGCUACUGACGGUAUUGCUGGUUUGUACAGAGGUUUCGGUCCUUCUGUUAUUGGUAUCAUUGUUUACAGAGGUUUGUACUUUGGUCUCUAUGAUUCGUUGAAGCCAGUUGUUCUUGUUGGACCAUUGCAAGGAUCAUUCUUGGCUUCUUUCCUUUUGGGUUGGGCUGUUACCACCGGUGCAUCUACUGCUUCCUACCCAUUGGAUACCGUUCGUCGUCGUAUGAUGAUGACCUCAGGUCAAAAAGUCAAGUACAAUGGUGCUAUUGACUGUGCUAGAAAGGUCAUUGCUGCUGAAGGUGUUGCUUCUUUGUUCAAGGGUUGUGCUGCAAACAUCUUGAGAGGUGUUGCAGGAGCUGGUGUCAUUUCAUUGUAUGACCAACUCCAAGUCAUCUUAUUCGGUAAGAAAUUCAAGUAA